AUGGAUUAUCAGUCACCAGACUUACCAACAUAUGAAGAAGCAUUGAAAUUACCCAAAGCAUGCAAUAUACCACCAGUAUCAGUAUCAGCAACAGCAACAUUAAUACAAACAACUCCACAAAGACCAACAGAAGAAUACAAUUCAGUUAGCACAUCACAAGAACAUAAUACGCCAAGUUUAAGAAGUGAGAAUUUGGUGCCAGAGGGUGAACCAACUACAACAGAUAGCGUCUUUAGCGGCAGCCCCCAAGAACAUACAAGCAACCAACCAGAGCCAACCAGUAGCUAUUAUUAUGAAAACCAGCCUAACGGAAAGGCAGAUACAGAUGAUUUAUCUAGUGGUAUUAAAAAUAAUAUAUGUGAUGAUAAUAAUGGGCCAAAGGGGUUUUCAAAAAUAGGAAAUAAUGAAUAUUAUAUUAAUUAUGAACUUUUUUCUGCCGCUAUGUAUGAAAGAAGGGAAAAUACAGGAAAAAUUGUUAAUGUAAUUGCUUUUGAAAAGAAAAUAGAAAUAAUAGAUAAUCAUAUUACACUUAGAAAAUAUUCUGAUAACAACGCCCUAGAAUUUUAUCUUCCAAUACCAAGCCAAUCAACUAAGGUCAUAAUUCCAAUGAAUUUUCACAAAUUGACAAGUAAAAAAAAGAAGUUUUAUGGAUGCGUUAUUGCAGUUUUGCUUUUUAUAAUGCUUAUAUGCACCUGCUAUGGCUUAUCUGUUGUGGUCGGUGUCACUGUAUAG